AGUGGGUAAAAGAGAGCUUCCAGAAAGCUCUUGAGGGGGAACCAGACAAUGCAUCCUUUAAUGUGGGCUAUGCCAUGGUCCUGUACAGGUUGGAGGGCAUGGUCAGGGAUAAGAGAGUGAGGUCAGUGAUAACUGCAGGUGCCAACCAGCUAAGGAAAUCCUUGGAGCCUGAUAACUCUGAGGUUAUGGUCCUCCUAGCCCUGAAGCUUCAAAACAAAAAUAAACAAGAGUCCAUGAAACUCAUCAAAGAGGCCCUCAGACUGUCUCAUGACGUGCCUCAUGUCAUGCAUUGUGUUGCCAAGUAUUUCAGAUAUGAGGGCUCCAUCAAUGAGUCCCUACACAUUUUGGGGAAAGCUCUGGAGCUGUCUCCAAACUCCCAUUUCCUCCAUCACCAAAUCGGCCUGUGUCACAAACAGCAGCUCAUCCAGAUGUUUGAGCAGAAGAGGAAAGGGGCACGAGUCAAUGGGGGCCAGAUAAAAGCUAAGGUGGAGGUCUGCAUCCGUCACUUCUCCAGAGCUGUGGAGCUGAAGCCCUCCAACAUCCACGCAAGGGUGAACCUGGCUGACGCCUACGGGAACAACUACCAGCUGGAGGAGGCGAUUAAGAUUUUCAUCAACCUGCUGAAAGACGAGUCCCUCAGUGAAUCAGUCAAGCAGCGCUGCUACACCGGCUUUGGCCUGUUUCUUUUCUAUAAGAAGAAAGACGAGGAUGGUGCUGUGACACAGUUAAAAAACGCCUACCAGAUUCAAAUUGAGAGUUGGGACAGGAAGGAGGCUGGGAAGAAGCUGAAGCAGAUCGCAGACAGGUGUCAGGCUAACAAGAAGAGAGUCUGCGAAGCCUUGGAGAUUUUGCCGUUCCUCGCCACUGAGGACAAAGACGAGAGGAAGGCUGAGGAGUACACUCCGCAAACACAAAUGGCCUUACAGAUGCUUUCAGCAAAGGAAUGAAAUGUACAUGAUAAACCUUACUGUAACACAACGCAUGGCUUACAUAGAAAUACUGCUGUAUGCAUUUGCAUGUUUUUGUGUAACUGUAACUAAGUACUGUGUACAAUUCUUAAGUUAGAUUUAAAUAUAAUUAGAAUGUCCUUGGAUGUGUC